AUGGAUGAUGACUGUGAGCAAGACGAUAAUAAAAUGCGAGUCCAGCAAUCUUGUUCCCAUCCUUAUAAUCCAGCGAUACGCCCGCGCGAAGCCAGCACAGCCCUUCGCGCUGCCAACCUCGAGAAGGACUUUUCUCUGAGUCUCUCCCCAGACCAUGAGGAGCAGUGGUCCUCCAACUGGAGUUCCAACUCCCUCAGUCUGAAAUCUUUUCUCCGUUGUCGUUCAUGGGUGCGCCUUCGAGUUCCUGCUGAACCAAGAGACGACAUCGUCGACACAGAGGUGGUAUUCAUCGAGGAAAGCGAAGAUGAAGAUGACAUUGAGGGCGAUAACGACGACGAUCAAGUUCAGACAGCCUACGACGAGCCUGCACUAUUCGCCGAGAACGAGAUCAACAAGUCCAACGAAGAGUUCGGGGUUGAACAGAACGCCGCUACAGCACUCAUGGCUUUUUACAGCCGUGGAAACAAUGACAGUCUCGUCGAAGAGACGCCACUAGAUGUGCACCGGGGUUAUCAACUCCGUCUUAUCCCCCAAUCUGAUCGUUAUUUCGCACACCGUGCAACUCGUUCAACCUACUUCACAACUCAGCAGUACACCUCCACAUUUCCUCAACAUCGUCCCACUGUUGCCGCCGAAGCUACGCACCAUACGGCACGCCCUAUCCAUCGUAUCCCGCUUCUUUUGCCCCAGCCGUUGCGACCAGAUACCCGAUCGUACAGACGCUCGGAUAUUAUCCCCUUCCCCGCCUGGUGUUUGAAGGUCCUCGACCUAGGCCAGUGCUUGCGUACGCACAGCAGGGCUAUGAGCAGAACAUGCCCGAUAGUUUCAUACCUCAGUAUUCUGGAGUUGAUGGGCAGAGCCACGAUCAAGACCAGCAGUAUCAUGCUAUGCCGUCCGCCUCAAGAGGGUUUUUAUAUGAACAGUAACAUGCGCUGUUUAAUAUGCGUGGGAGACAUGCCACUAUCACCAGCCCAGUUCAAGCCUAAGUUCACCUGA